AUGUUGCGAGCGGUAUACCCUUACCCUGGUUCUUUCCCAGGAACUUUAAAGUUCUCUAAGAAUGAAAUUUUCUUAGAUAUUCGUGAAGUAAAUCAAGACUGGCGUAUGGUGUGUAAGACAGAUGGGACUUUAGGUUGCGUCCCAUCAGAUUUUGUCGAAAAAUACGAGACUGGGGAUCAAGACAUCAAAGUUGAGUUUGCUAAAAAUGCAUUAGCUAACUUGACUGAUAGAAUUCUAGAAAAUGUUGGGGGGAAGGAGGAUUUGCUUGAACGUUUGUUGCAGAUAAGAGGAGAAAAAGACAUGGAUACACCUGGUGAUGUGAAACCACCUGGAAACCUUUCUGAGCUAAGGAUAACUGAUCCUAAAAAACGUAUAACUCAAGCGGCAAUAGCAAAGUCUGAAGGAGAUAUUAUUUUACCAAAGAAUUUCGAAUACCGCCUACUGGACACAAUAAGACUAGCAACAAAUUGUUCUUAUUCAGAUUGUGGAUUUGUGUAUUCAGCAUUGAUGGGUAUGCUAUCCUGUGUAAUACCAGGUUUGAAAGAAAAUCUCCAAGCCGAUAAGAAGUCGACUGAUGUAGAAAAAACAGAAGAGGAGUACUCACAAAGUCCAGAUUGGUGUUUACUUAACAUUAAAUUUCGUUUCUUUGAAUCACGUCAAAGUAACGAUCAAGAAUGUAAUUGGCGGUUACACGAUGAUCAAUAUGAUAUUCUUGAACGGUUGAAUGAAUUGAUUACCUUACUGCAUCUCUAG